AUGAUGAAGAAGAGAGAUACCAAAAGAAUUAAGGUUGGUGAGAAGAGAAAGGUUAAGGGAAUUAACAACAACAACAACAUCAAGAAGAAGAAGAAGUUUAUGAAAACAAACAAUAAACUUGGAAGCAACCAAGUAGGGAAGUGGUGCGGCCAGUGCAAGAAAAAGCAUUUCGGUGACUAUGUCAUUUGCUUCAAGUGUAAGAAGCUGGAGAAUAUUUCAACAAAUUGCCAUGCGAAAGGAAGAUUUUGUUUUGAUUGUGGAGAGGAGGGGAACAUGAAGGCGGAGUGCCCGAAACCGAAGAAGGUGAUCCCGAGGAUCUUGCCACCAAAGCCCAAGGGUUGGAGCUACCAGAUGACCCUCAAUAAGGCUAAGGAAAAACCAACAUUGCUUCAGACUAUCACACUUAGACUAAGUACCCCUAACUUAGUAGAAGUAGCUGGUGGUAGGAAUAUACCUAUUAGCAAUAUGUUAGAGGCCGUAACUGUAAAUUUAGAUGGGAAUGGAUUUCGUCGAGAGCUUUUACCUUUUGAGUUAAGUGAGUUCGACAUCAUUCUCAGCAUGGAUUGUUUGGGAGCGAACCUCGCAGACAUCUUGUGUGGACGGAAGAUGGUGCACGUUAAUCCACUUGGAAAAAAUCCAUUCAUCAUUUAUAGAGAUAGGAUUAGAGUGAAGUCAGGAAUCAUCCCAAUGAUUAAGGCCAAAAGAUGCUUAUCAAAGGGAUGUUCGGCAUUCCUAGCAUACAUAAUCGACACGAAGAAGGAGAAAAGGGAAAUGGCUGAUAUACUUGUGGUACGAAACUUUCCUGAAGUAUUUCCAGAUGAAUUACUAGGAUUACCACUAGAGAGGCAGGUAGAAUUAAGAAUCGACUUGUUUCCAUGCAUGACGCCAAUUGUGAAGGCUACAUAUCGUUUAGCAUUGAUAGAGAUGAAGGAGUUAAUGACACAACUCCAAGAGUUUUUGGACGGUACUAUAAGAAUCUGUAUUGAUUAUUGGGAGCUAAAUAAAGCUACAAUCAAGAAUAAGUAUCCUUUACAUAGAUAG